UCAUUAGAACGAAAAAAUCUCGUGACAAUGCCUGACGUAGCGAAGCCCGCGCCCAAGAAGGGCUCCAAGAAAGCGGUGGCGAAGGCCCCCGGUAAGGGCGGAAAGAAGAGGAGAAAGUCCAGGAAGGAGAGCUACGCCAUCUACGUGUACAAGGUGCUGAAGCAGGUCCACCCCGACACUGGGAUCUCCUCCAAGGCCAUGGGCAUCAUGAACUCCUUCGUGAGCGACAUCUUCGAGCGCAUCGCCGGUGAGGCCUCUCGUCUGGCUCAUUACAACAAGCGCUCCACCAUCACCUCCAGGGAGAUUCAGACCGCCGUCCGCCUGCUGCUGCCCGGGGAGCUGGCUAAACACGCCGUGUCUGAGGGCACCAAGGCCGUGACCAAAUACACCAGUUCCAAGUAAACCAC